AGAGGCUUGAUAUACAAGUUCUGUGCGCUGCACUAUAAAACAGAGAGAGUUUGCUGUAUGAUGCAUGCUGAAACAGAUGUAUUCGGACCGGGCUUUCUGUUCGACCUGUAUUGAUCACAUUCGCACUCAAAGCACAGUCUUUGCAAAUGGGUGACGAUUGUUGUACUUUUCAGACCUUCAGAUAUAUCCACAGCAAGCAGAAUAGCCUGGAUACCUACAGUAUUAUUAUAUAUGCCAGAUCAAGCAGGACUAGAGGUCGGGGAAUAUAUGCGUUACUUUAACCUGGGUGUAAAUUAUACUAUUAGAAUAAGAGGCUUUAAAACAUGUAUUAAUGCACGGGUAGCUGAUAAGUCAGACUAAAACAUCAGAAAAGCUUCUAAAGUUGACAAAAUGACCAAAUACACGUGGCUGCCUCUGCCUCAUGCGUCCAGGUAUUUCAGAAAGACUGACGGUGUUAAUGCCACAGACUUUUUAUCAACUCUGUACCGGUUCCAGAAUAGCUCUUCGUUUUUCAACUGGAACUUUACCAUCGACGAGGGAAUCUAUGAUAACAGGACCGGUUAUGAGACCGACUCGCAGAAUCCCAUCGUGAAGACUUUGCUUAUAGUCGCCUAUUCGGUCAUUAUCAUCAUAUCAUUGUUCGGUAACAUUCUCGUGUGCCAUGUUAUAAUCAAGAACAAGAGAAUGCAGUCUUCAACCAGCCUGUUCAUCGUCAACCUGGCCAUCGCUGAUAUUAUGAUAACCGUGCUCAACACCCCUUUCACUCUGGUGAGGUUUGUGAACAGUACCUGGGUAUUUGGCAAGCUGAUGUGUCAUGUCAGUCGUUUUGCACAGUACUGCUCGGUUCACGUCUCCGUGCUGACCCUUACUGCUAUUGCACUGGACCGCCAUCAGGUGAUCAUGCAUCCCCUUAAACCUCGGAUGUCCUCAAUUAAAGGAGUGAUCUGUAUUGUUAUCAUCUGGGUGUUGGCAACCUGCUUCUCCUUGCCUCAUGCCAUCUAUCAGAGGCUUUUCCGCUUUCAAUUUGGUAACAAAAAAGUCCGAAUGGUGUGCCUCCACAGCUUCCCCCAGCCAGCAGAUCUCUUCUGGAAGUACUUAGACUUGGCAACCUUCGUCCUCCUGUAUGUCCUGCCUUUGUUUGCCAUCUCGGUGGCUUACAUUGUAGUGGCCAAGAAGCUGUGGAUGAGGAACGCCAUCGGGGACAUCACGAUGGAACAGUACUAUGCUCACCAGCGCAAGAAGAAGAUGACCCUGAAGAUGCUCAUGCUGGUGGUGGUGGUCUUCGCCGUGUGCUGGUUUCCGCUGAACUGCUACGUUGUCCUGAUCUCCAGCAAGGCCAUCAACACCAACAACGCCUUGUACUUUGCGUUCCACUGGCUCGCCAUGAGCAGCACCUGUUACAACCCCUUCAUCUACUGCUGGCUCAACGAGAGCUUCCGCUUGGAGCUCAAGUCCCUGCUGAGCAUGUGCAGAAGACAAAGGACUGUCAAUGCUCAUGCCCUGCCCACUGUCUCACCCCAGUACAGAAACGCCUGGACAGAGAAUGGAAACUACAAAAAGAACAAGCGUGGCCGAAGUGUGAGGUCCUCUUUCAAUGUGAACUCUGGGAGAACUGAGAUUACCAUUGCAGAGCCAGUUGUUGUUGUGAGCUAAAAUGUACUGAACCAGUAAACACAGCAAGCAAGGGGAAUCAUGGAGGCAGUGUACUGUGUAUGAAAAUCAUUAAUGGGUAUAUGUCAUUGUGGAUAUCUGCUUUGUAGGAGACUGUGUGGUCUAGUGGUUAAAGAAAUGGGAUUGUAAUCAGGAGAUCCCUGGUUCAAAUCCCAGCU